GUUCAUCCCAUCCCAUCCCAUCGAGCCAGCCAGGUAAGACUUGAGUUGAAUGUGUUAGGAAGGAAGCACGUUUGUGAAAUGAAGUGAUAUUUUCCGUUGCCCACCAAACACAGAUCAUUCAACGAUACGUACGUACCCAUUCACACACGUCGCUGUUCCAUCGUCCUCUCUCUCUCUCUCUCUCUCUCCAUCUUUUGAUUCUCGCGAAAAAUAGGCGUCUCUGAAGAAAGUUCAUUGCAUCAGACCAUUACGGUUUCCCACAGAGGCAGUGAUCGCUGUCCAGUUUGUGGAAUUGGGCGUUUGGUAAUGAUUCAAUGGCUUCUUCUGUCGUUUCUCGUCUUUCCUUCUCCGCUUCCCCGAACCCUAGCCUCUCUUCCCUCCCUCCCUGCUUUCACCGACUCUCUUUCCAGCGCGACAGAGCAAUUAUCGCUCCAAACUCCCGUUCCAGUCUAAGAAUCUUCUGCAUCCGUGAAACCAAAGCUGCCGUUGUUACUGGGAAAUCAUGGGACAAACUGAUUUUGAACAGUGAUACUCCGGUCCUUGUAGAAUUCCACGCGAGCUGGUGUGGGCCAUGCAGGAUGGUUCAUCGGGUGAUCGACGAGCUUGCGGUUGAGUAUGCUGGGAGACUAAAGUGCUUCGUACUCCAUGCGGACAAUGAUAAAGAAGUUGCAGAGAACUAUGACAUCAAGGCCGUGCCUGUAGUUUUGCUGUUUAAGAAUGGAGAGAGACGCAAAUGCGUGGUGGGUACCAUGCCAAAGGAGUUCUAUGUGGCUGCCAUUGAAAGGAUCCUAGCUUCAUAGUUGUUUAUGACUAUUAUAAGUGGAGAAUUAUUGAUCAAAUGUUUUCUGCAUGUUACAUGAUUCGCAUCAUAUGUGUUCUUUCAGCUGUUUUGGUGCACGGUCUGUAAAAUUUUUCACACGUACCUGGUUUUUACUAGAUAAAUAGAUGAACAAAAAGGUGAAUGAUUUCUUCGGGUUGCUAA